UAUUGCCAUCUAUUGAUUGUUUUAUAUUGACUGUUUUGACUGUUUUUGACAUUAGAGCACCGCAAGAACUUUACAAUAUUUUUGUUUACGAAAUUCCAUUAAUUUUACGAUUUGUUUCUAAACGGACCAAGAUGAGUAGUAAAUCUAAAUUGAAAAUCUACCCGAAAACUGUGAUAUGUGAUGACGAAUCGGUACUCAUUGGUGAAGUCACCAUAUCCAGCGGCUGUGUUAUCCAUCCACAUGCAACUGUUAAUGCGAAAUCGGGCCCAAUAAUAAUUGGUGAAAAUUGUCUAAUCGAAGAAUACGCCACGAUCAUACACGACACCGGCAAAGUUGACCUGGACAACCCAGGCCCGACUUUAGUUAUUGGUCCCAAUAAUGUGUUUGAAGUCGGUUGCACCGUUGAGGCCUCAGCCAUAGGCGAAAGAAAUGUAUUUGAAUGUAAGAGCUACGUUUCCAAUUUGGUAACGGUGUCAAACAAUUGUGUGAUCGGGGCGGGUUGUAAAUUGAUCGAUGAACAUAACUUGCCGGAAAAUACGGUGAUUUAUGGCAGGCGCUCCGAGCAACGAGAAACAAUCGAAAAACAGAAAGCUUUAUCGAUGCAAUUGGACCAUUUACGCAAAGUGCUGCCCAAUUAUCAUCACAUCAAAAAACCAACAUUUGAUCCGAAGAAACCACGUGAAAUUGCUUAGGCGGAACAGCGAGUCAUAAUUUUUUCUAAUUUAUUCAAUAAACCAAUUUCAGUCGAAAAAAG